ACGAAAAAAGAAAGAAGAGGAAACAGCGAGAUGAAUCCUUUGCAUCACUAUCAGGGUCUAUGCUGAAAUUUGUUCAAGUGGGAGCACGUGACCAAGACGAAGAUGCAGAGGAGGAGCAACCGUCUUGCAGGUCUGUAGACAUCACCACCGCACCAAGCCAGGAUGAUCAACAACCCUCAAGCAGCAGUUUAGGAACAGAUCCGCAGAGAACCACCACCUCUGAAAGCACAAGUGUCAUUGAGAGUCCAUCAGUCUGUGACAAUGUAGAGACCUGUGUGCCCCCUCAAACUGAUCCUGCUCUUUGGCCGCCACAUGUUUUAGAUGCGGAUCGCGUUGAAAUGGUACGAAGAGGUCCAUUUAAAAUCCCAUCAGAUUUUAAUUUUCCAAGGGGACUAGAUGGCAGGGCAUUUCAUAGUAGCCUUCAAUUCAAAACACUCACAAAUGGAGAGAAAGUCAAAAGAAGUUGGCUUGUUUACUCGCAACAAGCAAAUGCCGUGUUCUGUUUUGCGUGUAAGCUUUUCAGCUUGAAACCCAUUAAGCUGACUGCAGAUGAGGGCUACAGUGACUGGUCCAACAUUAACAGUAGACUAAAGAGUCAUGAAUGCAGCUCAGACCAUGCCCAGUGCAUGUUUAAAUGGAGAGAACUGGACAUGCGUUUACAAAAAAAAUUAACAAUAGACCACCAGGAACUGACAUUGCCGGAGGCAGAAAAAAGAAAGUGGCGAGAUGUUCUCAAACGCCUACUUGCAAUAACCCUAUCUCUUGCCUCAAGGAAUUUGUCAUUCAGAGGCUCUUCACAGUGUCUGUAUGAGCCAGACAAUGGCAACUUCUUGAAGGAAGUGGAGCUUUUAGCCAGCUUUGAUCCUGUGAUGGAGAACCACCUGACCAGGAUAACUGAUGAAAGCUCCCGAACACAUUAUCUUGGACAACAGACACAAAAUGAAUUUAUCCAGAUCAUCUCUUCCAAAGUAUUACAAACCAUCCAGACACAGAUUCAGGAAGCAAAAUAUUUUUCAAUUAUUCUUGACUGUACACCUGAUGUUAGCCACAAGGAACAAAUGUCUCUCAUCGUGCGCAUUGUGGAUUUGGUGCCAAAGCCAAAUAUCAAGGAGUAUUUCCUUGGGUAUAUGGAGGUUGUUGAAACAACUGGCCUGAACCUGUCUACUGUCCUUCUAGACAAGUUGAAGGAACUCAACAUUCCAUUUGAUGAUUGCCGUGGUCAGUCCUAUGACAAUGGAGCAAACAUGAAGGGGAAGAAGCAAGGAGUUCAAGCCCGACUGCUACAAUUUAAUUUGAGGGCGUUGUUUGUUCCUUGCGCAGCUCAUUCCAUGAAUCUGGUCAUAGCUGAUGCUGCCAAGUCGUCCAGGGAUGCCACUGGCUUUUUUGGAUAUUUGCAGAAGCUAUUUUGCUUCUUCUCAGGAGCUACACAGCGAUGGAGCAUCUUGACAAAACACGUCAACCUGACUGUCAAAUCAUGGAGUGAUGUGAGGUGGGAGAGCAGGCUUAUGAGUGUCACAGCUGCCAGAAGCCAAAUUAAAGAAAUUAGAAAUGCGCUCAUCGAGGCUAGGGAAACAGUCAAUGACCCAGUCGCAAAAAUAGAGGCUCAAGCUCUAGCAGAAGAGGUGGCCUCUUUUACAUUUCUGAUCUGUUCUGUUGUCUGGUGUGAAAUUGUUACGUCCACUAACCAAGUGAACAAACUUCUGCAGAGUAGUUCAAUGCAGCUUGACAUUGCUGUCAGGCUCAUUGACAAUGCCAAAACCUCCCUCUCCAGAUACAGGCACUCUGGGUUUCCUGAGGCAGUGUCCACUGCCAAGGACCUUUGCGAGGCCAUGAACAUAGAGCCAGAGCUUAAGGAGAAAAGGCUCAGGAACACAAAAAGGCAGUUUGCAUAUGAGGCUGCUGACGAGGCCUUCAGUGAUGCCCUCAAAAGGCUUGAGUUGCGUCUGCUGAGCGAAGUUUUUCAAAACUGA